AUGGGGUCAUCUGUGUCCAAAGCUGCCCUUGGGGCGACCACCAAUGAGCCCGUGGAACCGAAGGCAAAACACCUAGCGGAUCUAAUACAGUACAUAAAUGAAACAAAUAGGAGUGUUGAACACCUGGUCGAUGUCCUUUUUAAGAAAACUGGGAGCAGAAGCUGGGUGGUGGUGUUCAAAGUGCUGGUUACUGUGCAUCACCUUAUGGUUCAUGGAAAUGAGCGUUUUAUCCAACAUCUUGCAUCUAGAAACUCUUUGUUCACUUUACACAACUUCCUGGAUAAAAGUGUCAUAGAAGGCUAUACUAUGUCAACCUUCAUCAGACGAUAUAGCAGAUACUUGAAUGAAAAGUCACUUGCAUAUAGAAUGAUGGCAUCUGACAUCACCAAAACCAAAAGAGGGCUGGAUGGUAUGAUGAGAACUAUGAACACUACAGACCUGUUAAACACGCUUCUAGUUAUUCAAACUCAGUUUGAUGCUCUUCUUAAUUUUAAUGCAAAUCCUGAGGAACUCACUAAUGGCAUAGUACAUGCUGCUUUCAUGCUCCUAUUUAAGGAUUCUCUUCGCCUCUUUGCAGCCUAUAAUGAGGGCAUCCUUAAUCUGCUAGGCAAGUAUUUUGACAUGAAGAAGAGCCAGUGCAAGGACAGUUUGGAUAUUUACAUCAAGUUUCUUGGAAGAACAACCAAAUUGGCGCAAUUCCUGAAAGUUGCAGAGCAAGUUGGAAUUGACCAGAACCACAUUCCAUAUCUUACUCAGACACCCCACAGUUUAAUUGAAGCACUGAAACAGCAUUUAAAUUCUUUAGAAGAGAAAAAUGAAAUUUUUCCUCCUAACAGAAAACUCAAAGAGGAGGGAAAAGAGGCUAUGUGGAAAAUUAUUCCAGGGAAAGGGAAUGAUCAGCACAAAAACCCUGACGAGUGUGAUGAGAGAGUGGAUGAGAUCACCGAGGGGAGUCCGUAUUGGUCCUUCCUGCACAACCAGCUUCUCCUCCGCAGCCCUUCCAAACUUGUCACUCACCUGCGUGCAGCCAAUCAGCACCCACAGGAUGGGCGACAGCGCGAGGGAGGAGAAGGAGCGUCUACUUCCUGUUUGCCUACGAAUGCGCAGACUCGCAAAGGAGGGGCGGGCCUGCGGGUGUGA